CGUCACCGCGUACCGUGGAACUACAACUACUGGAGCGACACGACCGAGUGCGUGCUGCCGCGCGCUUCAACGUUACUCCUCUUCUUAACCGGUGUAUGGCUGCUCUCGUAACUUAACCCCGUCAGCCGGCAAUGAGCGUACGCCGUCGCUCACUUUUCUCUCCAGGAAAACCCCGUCGGACCGGCUGCUUCCCUCCUAUCCCUUGCACUUCCGGGUGUCGAGCGAGCGUCUUUUCCCGAGGAUCAGCUGUGAUACUGAAUGAGCAAAAGGCUGUGCUCCCGGUAAUCGCAGUGCACGGUUAAAGACAGCGUGGCAGGAGGAUUCCCGUUGCUGCCGCUCAUCUCAUCUCUUCUGAGCAGCUGUAUGAGACAUGUGUCCUGUCUCUCUGAGCUGUUUUGGGUCUAUGAUAGUGUGAUGACGCUCUGCUGAGCUCGGACUCUCCGUCUGGACUGAGUUGCACUGAGAGAUCGUCGCGCUUUUCUCUAUUUUGCGCAUCCCACCGGCUGGAGAGCGACGCGCACGCGAGAGCCUGGCGGUUUUUCAUGUUUUAAUGAGGAUUCAAGUAUUACCGGUUGGACAAUGAAGAAGUUCUUCGAUGCCCGUCGGGAGAUGGUGAGCUCCGGACCCGCGCCUGUAGCCGCUGCGGGGGGCGGCGCGGGGUCCGGCGCGUUUAUCGGACGCGUUUUCUCUGUCGGACGAUAUCAAGUGACCGUGGAGGAGACUGUGGCGGAGGGUGGUUUUGCUAUCGUAUUUCUGGUGAGGACUCAUCAGGGCGUCCGCUGUGCACUUAAGAGAAUGUAUGUCAACAAUGAACAUGACCUUCAAGUAUGCAAGAGGGAAAUUCAGAUUAUGAGGGACCUUGUGGGGAACAAAAACAUUGUUGGUUUCAUGGACUCCAGCAUCACAGCAGUCGGUUCAGGAGAUGUUUGGGAAGUUCUCAUAUUGAUGGACUUCUGUCGAGGUGGGCAGGUCGUGAACCUGAUGAACCAGCAUUUGCAGACUGGAUUCAGUGAGACGGAGGUGCUGCAGAUCUUCUGUGACACAUGUGAAGCUGUCGCUCGACUACAUCAGUGCAAAACUCCCAUCAUCCACCGGGACCUGAAAGUGGAGAACAUCUUGCUGCAUGACAGAGGACAUUAUGUGUUGUGUGAUUUUGGCAGUGCCAUUAACCGCUCCCAGAAUCCACAAACAGAAGGUGUGGCGGCCGUAGAAGAAGAAAUCAAGAAGUACACUACGCUUUCGUACCGGGCCCCAGAAAUGGUGAAUCUCUAUGGGGGCAAAGUUAUCACUACUAAAGCAGAUAUAUGGGCUUUGGGCUGCUUGUUGUAUAAGUUGUGUUAUUUCACGUUGCCGUUUGGAGAGAGUCAGGUGGCCAUCUGUGACGGCAGCUUCACCAUCCCAGACAACUCUCGCUACUCACACGACAUGCACUCUCUCAUCCGUUACAUGCUGGAGCCAGACCCUGACAUAAGGCCAGAUAUCUACCAGGUGUCAUAUUUCGCCUUUAAACUGGCACGGAAAGAUUGCCCAGUACAGAAUAUCCACAAUUCACCCAUUCCAGCAAAACUCCCAGAUCCAAUCAGAGCCAGUGAAGCCGUGGCCAAGAAGAGCCAAAACAAAGCCAGGCUCACUGAUCCAAUCCCUGCGACGGAGACCUCCAUAGCACCACGGCAGCGUCCCAAGGCUGGCCAGGCUCAACCAAUCGCAGGCAUCCUGCCCAUCCAACCAGCUCUCACCCCUCGUAAAAGACCCAGUGCACCCGUGGGACCCGGCCAGCCAAUCAGUGUUAACAGUGCUCCUCAGCCUGUUUCCCAAUCACAGGUUCCUGUCGCACAGCAACAAGCCACGCCCACUCCAAUACAGGCCACGCCCUCUCCACCCCAGACCACACCCCAACAUGCACAGCUUUUUGUGCAGCAGCAAAACGCAGCCUUCUUUACUGCUCAACACCAGUCUGUUGGCGGCAGUCGUGGGGUGCAUAAAGUCGGCUCCUUGACUCCACCCUCUUCUCCCAAGACCGCCCCAAAAGGAGGCCACAGGCGAAUCCUGAGCGAUGUCACACACAGCACCAUAUUUGGAGUUCCUGUGAGCAAGUCCACUCAACUGCUUCAAGCUGCUGCUGCAGAGGCCAGCCUCAACAAGUCCAAGUCAGCUAGCACCACUCCUUCUGGUUCUCCGUGUUCAUCACAGCAGAGUGUUUAUCAGUCAGGGGAGGCUUCUGGCCCCUCUGCUGGAGCCACAGCAUCCUGGAACCCCUUCGGCGAUGACAAUUUCUCUAAACUCACAGCGGAAGAGUUGCUCAACAAGGAUUUCGCCAAACUGGAUGUUAAGACAGCCGAGAGAUCCUGCCCUGAAAAUCUGAUUUCUGGGCUGCAGUCUGUGUCUUCAAAUAAAGGCUUUCUCCAAGGAAGAGAGAAGUUGAUUGAGGGUUUGAAGUCUCCAGAGCCCUCUUCCUCCCUGAUUCUCCCUGACCUUCUCUUGAAUGACCCCUUCAGCCCUGCAGACUGUAUUCAUGCUGAGAUGGAUUCUCUGAUCCCUGGUCUGGAUCCACUACAGACUGAUCCUGGGUCAGCUGCACUACUAGAACCUUUGGUUGGACAGGAUUCUCUUUUGGACGGGCCGCUUCUCUCCCACCCCUCCUCUGGGGGUCUAAUACUGGCCUCAUCCCCCUCAUCUCUCUCUAAACCAUCUAUGGACCAGUUUACUAUUACUGCUUUGAGCACUGGGCAGUUCCACCAGGCCUCUGAUUCGGUUCACCAGGCUCUCUCAGGCUUCCAGUCCUCUGAGACUGGGGACCAAAGCUCAAGUAACCACUUUGACCCAAUUCCAGUGCUUCUCUCCAACAGCUCCAGCCAAGGUGGUCACUCGCGCAGCAACAGUGGCAGUUCUGAGACCAGUCUGCCCUCGCUGGCACGCUCCCUUCUGCUGGUGGACCAACUCAUCGACUUGUAGAGAGAGGCAGAUGAAUAGAGAGUCAGGGAGAGGGCAGUGUGCAAUUCUUACAAAUACAGCGAGAGCUUACAAACCUCAGUCUGAAGUAGUCCCAUAAACCCUGUCCAUCUUUACGCACAGUUCCCUUUGACAUUCUUUUCACAUUUGCUGUAUGUCUCUCUUCUGCUGAUCCAUAAACAUUCUCAUCACUCUAUCAUUGAUUUAUAUAUUUCAUGCUUUGGGAUGUAAAACAUGGCAACCAGUGAUUAUUUAUGUCAACAAACCAAAGUACUCAAAAAGCUAAUGGCUACCUUAAAACGCAUAUGCCGUUAAAACAGAAAUGGAGCCUAGCUGUAAGUGUUAGUGCUCACAUACUUAUGUGUUGGUCCUUGAAAGUUGUAAAGUUAAUAUUUUAGCACCCAUAUUAUUAAUUAAGUAAUUAGUAAUUAUCAUCACCAAUCAAACAUAUGAACUGCUGUAAAUAAACACCUGUUGAGGUGUUUGUUAGAAUCUGCCACAGCUGUAUUCAUCAUUUCAUCCCAUCAUUUAUUUUUUCAGUCAUUCGGUCUCUUCUGCUUCAUUCAUUUCUUCUUUUACCUGUCCAUUUAUACCCCAUGCUUCUUUUUCUUUGCUUUUUGCGAUGUCUGACAAUAAUUGUGCCAUGUGCUUCCCCCAUGGGAAACAUUUAAUAUUUAUCAUUUCAAUCCAGUUAUGUAAAGACACAUAAAGGGUAAAUGCACUAUGUAGAUCAAAAGAAAACAAAACUCAUAUUGAGGGUAAAUUAGGCUGUGAUAGUACAGAAUGAAUGUACAAACUGCGAACCUGUAUACAUGCAUUAUUCUCAAGAUAAAUGUAAUCUGAAUAUUUAUCUGUAUGUAGGUUUUCUUGUCACGUUCUGCCUCCGGGCCUGUCAUGUGAAGGCUGGUUUGGAUAAACUUGAAUAUACAGACAGAUAGCGACUAUCAGAGUUCUGCGGUUUUGAAAAGAUUCAGAGUUCAAUAGCAUUUCAUCUGUCAAGCUUGAAAUGAUAAAUGUAAAUAUAAGCUGUUCCAAAACCUCAUGAGCUGUGCCCUUAGGCAGCAUUCAAGGCAUUGUUUAUUUUUAGUCAUUACCUCCUCGAAUACGAACCUCUAUUUUAAAUCUUAACCAAUUAAGAUUUCAAUUAAUAGCAGAUUUGUGUUUAUAAGUUAACUGUUUUUCGACUGAGCCUAUGAAGGACUUCUCUUCCUGAGGUCUUGUCUACCACUGAACGUUUACCAGAAAUAAGAGAUUCAAAUGAACCAAUGACUCAUUCUUGAGUUACUGCCGGAAAAUAAUUAUAUACACAAUACAGAUUUGGCAAAGUGUAAAGUUGGUUUGGAAAAGUCAUGGAUAUUGCAACAUCGAAUAUAAUUUCUCCUAGUUAUGUUUAACUGGUACUUUAUCUAUUUUGAGUAAUGGGAUUCUGAUCUGUAAAUUAUUUGUUCAACUGAAUCAGUUCUUUUGUGUUCAGAUUGGUUCACAACUGGAGUGUGUUUCCCAAAAGUAUCGUUAGCCAACUAUGGUUGCUAGUUUCCUGAAACUGCAUUGUAAACUUUUGUGGUUGCAACUACAGCUCUUAAUCAGAUAAAGCAAAACUGGAAACAAAAUAGUCGAAUAGUCAUCAGCUGCCAUGUUCGUUCUGAAAAAUUACGAAGCGUGCGACAAUAAGAUACUGCAUGUAAAUGUGAUUUAAAAAAAGAUUUGAUUACUGUUGUUUUAAGUUAAUGAACUUUAACUACACAAUCAUUAGCAUUAUUAUUAACGACAGUCCUUUAACAAAAAUGGAUCAUACAACAGAGAAAUGAACAUGUUACUACUGUUUUACGAAACAGUUGCAGCUAGCUAGUUCAUCGUGUAUCGUACUGUUGUAGUAAAUCUGCAAAUUCAGAUGUUUUAUGGGAAACGCAUCCCUGAAGAUCAUCCGAACUAAAGAAGAAUCAGUUUUUUAAUAAUCGCAAAUGAAUUGAAGUGUUAUGGAAAAGUGCUAGAAAUGCAUUGACAAAAUGAAAUUUCUAGAAAGCUGGGCUUUAUAAUGCUAAUGUGAAUACCUAUAAUCCUGUAAUAUAAUCUAAUGACAAAAUUAAACACACAGUAUUGUACAUUACUAAAAAUUAAAUCUCCAUAUGCCUCUGAAUGGAAAUCUGACAAUAACUUAUUAUCCGUCAAGUUCACUUUUUCUUUUUUUUCUUUUUGUUAAUCGGCUGCACGGGUGUAGUUGUCGGAUUAUGAUAAAUAUAAAAAAAAAAAGUGAAAUAUUGACUUUAUAUGUCAGUCUAUCACUAUCCUAAAGCUGAUUUUGUUUGACAUGUAGACACUGACUCUUGACAAAUCUCUGCAAAGGCAUAUUUAUCAUCACAUAUCAAAUAUAAAACCAUAUAGAGCUCAAUAUGUCUUUCUGUACUAUGUAUGUACUGUAUGAUGUUUCAUAAUUAGAUUUGUGGAAGCUUUAAUAAAACGGAAUCAUUUCUUGUGCGAUGUAACUGCUUAUACAUUGUGUUGUUGUUAAAUGCUAAGAGCAUAGUUUUAUUUUGAGUCAUUGUUUUGUUCGAAGCUUGUGCAAAUGUUGCAUCGGUAGGCCAUAGUUCUGUAAUAUUUCUACCUGAUCUCAUGAGAAAAAAUAACUAUUUUACAAGCUAUCUAAUUUGUACCUGGCGUAAACACGCAAUUUUUGGAAAAAAAUCAUAAGUGUGAGGGACCAACCUACAUCUAACCAUCAUUGGGACGUGAGCAAAUUAUUGAUAAUGUAAAGAUGCAAUUGUACAAAUUCAUACAUAUAAGCCACCAUUUCGUAGUUAUAAAGUGUCAUGAGAUUGAAUGUUUUCAGUGUUAUCAAAUCCUUCAUUUCUUUUUUUUUUUCUUUGCUUGUUUUAAUGUGGCUAACCUAUGCAAUCUGACUGUAGUGCUCGUGUUACUCAUAGAUAUGCCCCUAGUGGUGAGGCCAAGUCGGUCUUGUGUUGUAGUGUGAAUUAGAGCCCAUAUCAGGAGAAAACGACAACAACAACAAAAAAGUCUCUCUACUGGAAUGCCAUGGUUUUAUCCAUUUUUCUGUAUGUUAUCGAGCGCCAAAUUCUUUCUAUUUUUAUGCGACAGUGAAGCUUCUGAAAAGGAUAUUAAAUAAAAGCAUAGAUGGGAACAGA